AUGGAUAAUUGUUAUUAGUAGAUAGAGAUAUUUAUAUCUGGAAGAUAAUUAAAAGACUUGGAUUAUUUCAGCAAAUCAGAUCCAUUUGUAAUAGUGUAUAUGAAAAUAAAUAAUUAAUGGACAAAGAUAGGGAGAACAGAAACAAUAGAAAAUAAUUUAAAUCCUAAUUUUAAGAAAACUUUUUAACUUGAUUAUGUGUUUGAGAUAGUAUAACCAAUAAGAUUUGAAAUAAGAGAUGAUGAUGGUAGUAAUUCAGAACUGAUUGGUUAAAUAGAAACAACAGUUGGUGCAUUAUUUGGAGCAAAAAAUUAGACAUCAAUUUUAGAGCUUGGAUAGAAAAGAGGAAAACUUAUUGUAAGAUGUGAUAAGAUAUAAGAAGGUAAUGAAGUUAUGAUAAUGAAAUGGACUGGAGUAAAACUUAUGAAUACAGAUGGUUGGUUUGAUAAAUCAGAUCCAUUUCUAAGAUUUUAUAGAUAAAGAGAUGAUUCAACUUACAUUUAAACACAUGAAACUGAAGUUAUUUAAGAUAAUCUAAAUCCUUUAUGGAAAACCUUCGAAAUAUAGACUGUUAAGUUAGCACAUUCAAAUGAUAAGAAGAUUAAGAUCGAAUGUUGGGAUUGGGAGAAAAGUGGAAAACAUUAAUUUAUAGGAGAAUUAAUAACUACAAUAUAAGAAUUAUAAUAAAAUAGAGAAUAUUAAUUGACUAAUCCUAAACAUAAAAAUCCAGGAAGAUUAAGAUUGGAUUAAUAUAAUACAUAUGUCAAACCAAAUUUUUAAGAUUAUGUAUAAUAAUAUAUAUAAUAAUUAAUUAGAUUAGAGGAGGAUUAUAACUUAAUUUAAUGGCUGCAAUAGAUUUUACUGGUUCUAAUGGAGCACCUCAUUAACCAGGAAGUUUACAUUUUCGAUCACCCAAUUAACUUAAUUAAUAUUAAAUAGCAAUUAAUGCAGUUGGAGAAAUCUUACUUGCCUAUGAUUAUGAUAAAAUGAUUCCAUGUUAUGGUUUCGGUGCUAAUUUGAAUUAUCCAACUAUGAGAUCACAUUAAGUUUCACAUUGUUUCCCAUUAUCCGGAGACCCUAAUUAAAUCAAUGCUUACGAAUUAUAAGGAAUUGCUAAUCUUUAUAAUUAUGCUCUUGCUAAUGUUACAUUCUCUGGUCCCACAUAUUUUGGACCUAUCAUUUAAGAAGCACUUAGACAAAUUUAUUAAUAAUAAUAAACUGAACAAAAUGUAUACAUUUAAAUUAAUCUUAUAGGUUUAUACUAUAUUAUUAAUUUUAACUGAUGGAAUCAUACAUGAUAUGGAAUAAACUAAAUAAUUAAUUGUUAAUAGUUCUAGACUACCUUUAUCAAUCAUUAUUAUUGGUGUUGGUAAUGAAAACUUUUAAAUGAUGGAAGAACUUGAUGGAGAUUCAGGUAAUCAUAUAUUCUAAUUAUUGUAGGUCUUUAUGCUGGAAAUAGAAGAGCAGAAAGAGAUUUAGUUUAAUUUGUUCCAUUCCGUAAUUUUGGUGGAAAUCAUAUUAAUUUAGCUAGACAUGUUUUAGCUGAAAUCCCAGAACAAAUUGUUAAAUAUCAUUAACUUAUAGGUAAAAAACCUAAUCCACCUUAAUUUGUUGAUAUUAAUUAAUUAGGCAUGACUCAACCUAAUUUAAAUAAUCCACAACUUGAAUCAUAACCACCAUUAAUACCUCCUAAUGUUUAUCCUUAAAUUUAAUAACCUAAUAUAUAGCCUCCAAUUUAAUAACCUAUGCAAUCAUAACUUCCAUAUUAAUAAUAAGUUCCACCAUAUGUUUCAUAAUAAUCAUCUACAUAAUAAUAUCCUCCUCAAUAACAAUCAGGAUAUCCUUAUCAAUAAAAUAAUAAUUAUUAAUAAACAAUUCAUCAAUCCUAAUAAUAAGGUCGAACAUCUGAAUAAAUUAAUCCAUCCAAUUUUAUGUAUUAAUAAUAUGGGCAAUUACCUUAAAAUAAUAGAUAGAGUUGCAAUCUAUAACAAGUUCCAUAUUAAUAAGUACCACCAAAUUAAUUAAAUAAUUCCUUUAUACCAAACCAUUAAUAUCCUCCUAUGAGUCAAUCUCAACAAGGAUUUGGCUAAAUCAAAAAUCCUAUGGAAUGAAUUCAUUAUUCAUUAUAAUCAUC